GUUAAGUAGCGUGGAUGGAGAGAAUAACGCGUGGCUGGAGGAACAAUUGAAAAAUGGAUAAGAUAAUACAACAAAAGGAUGAUCAAAUUAUGAAGCUGCAGGCCCAAUUAUUGGAACAACACAAAAUAUUAGAUAACAGCAAAGCUAAGGAUGCUCAAAGUUUGAGUCUACAAGCUCAGCUAGGGGAAAAGAACAAAUUGGAAUGGAACAGUUUCCAAACAGUGAAGGAGGUUUUUCCAAACUCAUCCCUAACUGAACAUGAGGAUGAAUUGGCAUUAGGCGAACACAGUCAGUUAUUCAGUCUACCACCUGACAGUGUGUUAAAGUUAAAUUCUGUUAGUGCUGCACUAAAAGAAUUGUUAGUAAUAAGUCCAUGCAGCGAAGGAAUUGAACAAUUGUGGGAUCGUAUUUGGGCUGAAAAUGGGUGUGGUACGGAAACCCAGAAAUAGCAUGAGUUCAACAUAAAACAUGAAUUAGAAUUUUAGUGGGGGAUCAAGUCAAGUCUCGAAGUGUAACAGGAUGGAAGAGUGAGCCUACAGUUGAAAAACACUGAAAGUGCAUUACCAUUAAGGUAUGAGGUAAAGUAAUAGAGUAUGCAAAUUGUCUAAUGAGAAGUACCAUCUUGUGUGAAUGAAUCCUGUGUAACAACAAUCCUUUAUAGUUCUGUUAUAGCUAGAAGCCUCAAAUAAUUCUGCUUCUCUUGCUAAAGAACAACUUGUCCUUUACACUCAGAGUGUUGGUGAAGCUGGGUACUUAAAUGGCCCUAAAGAUGUUUCACUUCACUGGCAUUGCAGCGAUGAACAUCAUACAUGGACUCUUUAGGAAAGGAUUUUCAGCAUACUGGGAACACAACUAUCAACAAUGCAACAUUCUAGGGGUGUUAUUUUAUCCUUCAAGAGCCUUAUACAAUGAUUUUCAUCUACAAUUUGUAUGGCCUUUCCCGAGCUUCUGCCAGAAGUUGAAUCUAUGAGUCAUGUAAGUCACAUGAGCAACAAUUGAGAUGCUUAAUGGUGUUGUUUUUCUUUUCUCAGUGUAGGUUAAUAGUAACAUUGGAUCUGAAAAAAUUCUUGGUUGGGGCAAGACACUGAAUAAAUUGUAAUGAUUGGAUGGAUGACAUGAUAUUUCUAUACUUCAUUCGGAUU